AUGGCGGGCUCAAUUAACAAGCCGAAGAAGCCCAGCUCGAAGCGAGGCACCUCCCGCCUUCGCUUCAAGAUCGGAAAGGCUUCCCUAGCCAAGCAGCGAAAAGAUCGCAGGGCGGCCAAGAAGAACCCAGAAUGGCGGUCCAAGCUGAAAAAGGACCCGGGUAUCCCCAACCUGUUCCCGUACAAAGAGAAGCUUCUGGAGGAGAUUGAGGAGCACCGCAUGAAGAAGGCGGAAGCAGCGAAGCGCCGCAAGGAAAUGGCCAAGGCUGCGAGCACAGGCAUCGCCGAAGAGGCUGCUGAUGAGGAGGCCAUGGAGGACGUCGAGGGCGACGAGGACGGCGAAGACUUCAUGGACGACGACGACGACGACGAUGACGACGACGAGUCCAACCCCAUGGCGGCCCUCAAAGCCGCCGCCCUCAAGGCCGCCGCCAAGUACGAAAAGGAACUCGGCGACGACAAUAUGGGCGGCGACUACGAAGAAGACGAUGAAGAUGAUGCCAUGGAGACCAACGAGAUGUCGGUCGGCCAGGCUUCGUCCCGCAAGACGUACGACAAGGUCUUCAAGAAGGUCGUUGAUGAGGCCGACGUGGUGCUGUACGUGCUCGAUGCGCGCGAUCCUGAGGGCACCCGCUCGCGCGAGGUGGAGCGCAGCAUCAUGGCCGCCGCCGCGUCCAGCGGCAAGCGGCUCAUCCUGGUCCUCAACAAGAUCGACCUGGUCCCGCCCCAGGUGCUGCGCGACUGGCUCGUGUACCUGCGGCGCUACUUCCCGACGCUGCCGCUGCGCGCCGCCGGCCCGGCGCCCAACGCGCACACGUUCCACCACCGCGACCUCACGGUGCAGGGCACGUCGGCGACGCUGCUGCGCGCGCUCAAGAGCUUCGCCGCCAGCCGCGACCUCAAGCGCGCCGUGUCCGUCGGCGUCAUCGGCUACCCCAACGUCGGCAAGAGCUCCGUCAUCAACGCGCUGCUCGGCCGGCUCAGCGGCAAGGCCCCGAGCUCCUCGCGCGCCUGCCCGGCCGGCGCCGAGGCCGGCGUCACCACGAGCAUCCGCGCCGUCAAGCUCGACAGCAAGCUGACACUGCUCGACUCGCCCGGCGUCGUCUUCCCGGGUUCCGCCUCGGUGCAGUCCGCCGGCCUCGUCUCGCUCAAGAACGCCGCCGAGGCCCAUGCCCACCUCGUCCUGCUCAACGCCGUGCCCCCCAAGCAGAUUGACGACCCCAUCCCCGCCGUCGCCCUGCUCCUGCGCCGCCUCGCCGCCGCCUCCCCCGCCCUCCUGCAGAAGCUCACCGACGUCUACGACGUGCCCGCGCUGCUGCCCAGCAGCCUCGACGGCGACGUCUCCACCGACUUCCUCGUCCAGGUCGCGCGUAAGAGAGGCCGCCUCAGCCGCGGCGGCAUCCCCAACCUCACCUCCGCCGCCAUGACCGUCGUCACCGACUGGCGCGACGGCCGCAUCCAGGGCUGGGUCGAGGCCCCCGUGCUCGCGGUCGAGUCGGGCGCUGCCAGCACCAAGAAGCGCCCCGCCACCAAGUCGGCGGCCAGCAGAAAGGGCGUCGAGGACGAGGUGGUGCCGGAUCAGAAGAAGAUUGUCACGCAGUGGGCGGCCGAAUUUAAGCUCGAGGGUCUCUGGGGGGAUGACGGCGCCGCGGUCGAUGAUGAUGAUGAUGCCAUGAAGCAGUAA